CAAAAACUUGCUCAAAUAACAAAAAACAAUGUGUUCAAUCAGAGCUCUGAUAUGUCAGCUGUUUACUGUGUUUCCUUCCUUUACCAGUUGCAUCAUUGCUUCUGGCUCCUGUUUAUUGAGGAAACCAGAGUGAUCUCUCAGACCUCCUCUGCUGACUUCUACAUCAUUCAGCUCACCUCACCUCAAAGACAAGACAACAUUUUAGAAGAGACAAAAAAAAAAGGUAUAGUUAUAGCACAUUGUGCUGAGUUCAGAAAGAAGGCUGGUGUUGAGCAGAAAACAAUGCAAACAUUUCUGAAGACUCUGUCCUUUUUCCAAGUUCUGAUAUGUGGGAUAAUGAAGAGCAAGUCUGAACUUGUUGUUACUGGAACAGUAGGAGGCAGUGUGGACAUCUCCUGUAAAUAUGCUGAUAAAUAUAAAUAUACACCCAUGUACUUCUGUCGUAAUCGAUGCACUUCUUCUGAUGUCUUAAUUGAAUCGAAAAGGGCUGAUAUGGUCGUCUCUAAGGGAAGAUACACUGCAGUAAACACUGUCACUGCAAGUCGCUUCUCUGUCAUCAUCAGACGCCUCACAUUAAAAGACUCUGGAGUUUAUUACUGUGGAGUGGAGAAAUGGGGCUACGACAAGUUUACUAAAGUAAAGCUUACUGUCAAAGUUCCUGAGUCUGUGUCUACAUGUGCUCCAGUGUCCAGGCACAGUCAAAGUUCUGAAGUUACGGAGUUUCCCUAUGCUACAACAGUGAUCGCAACUACUGCAGAUAAUUCCACCUUAUAUGAACAAGCAUCCACAACUCAAACUCAACAUUCCUUAGACCCACAUGGACAACUGCUUGUUGCUUGUGGAGGGGUCUUGGGUCUAAUGAUGUGCUGUGUACUUGCAGCUCUUUUGAUUCUCUACAGGAAAAAACCCACACGCAUCACCUCUUUGAAACCGGCUGCUCCUGGAAUCCAAAUUUCACAUCCUCCACCUGAUCAGGAGGACAUUUACCAUGUGUAUGAUGAGGCACUGGCUGUGUAUAGUUUAGCUGGUCCAGCAAGAGAUGAUUCUUCAACCAUCUACAGCACCAUUCAGCUCCCUGCUACAGCAGAUAAUGAUUGCAGUCCAUACUCUCUUGCAGCUUUUCACUGAAAACAGAUACAGCACCCUGUAUACACAUACCAUCCACUUUAUUAGGAA